AUGGUAAAUUCUACUUGUCUAUUGGGUGGCAGUCUUGGUAAGUUUCCGGAUAAUCAUAAUGGAAUUCACCUGCGCCUCACUUCUCUCUCUCGCCUCUGCCCUCUCCGCCGCGCCUCGCCGGGAUGCUCGCCGGACGGAGGCCGGCGUCGGCCCCUCUCCUCUCUCCCUGAACUCAUUCCCCCUCUCUUCUCCUCUAUCUCUCUCGCCUCUAUCGGCCGCUAUCGUUCAUCUUUCUCUCUCAAGAAUGACGGAACAAGGCAGCAGACGCACGCCGCUGUCAAAGCGGUGCGCCGCCGUCGCCGGCCGCCGCCUGCUCCCUCGUUCUCGCGGCAGAUCCGCCGCGGCCUGAAGACCACGGCGUCGUCGCUCAUCUCGCCAUCUCCAUUUCCUUCUCUUCUAUUUAUCUCUCUACACGCCCUGACCCUCUCCCUCUCUUUCCUCGAUCUGCCGGAACAGGACGCACGCCGCCGUCAAAACGGUGCGCCGCCGCUGCUGCCUCCGUCGUCCUCGCCGGUGGCUCACGGCCAGGAGCCGUCGACCGCCGACAACCAGAACGGAACCACCGCGGCUCCGCCGCCGUCUCGCCAUCGCCAGAGACGGCGAGCCACCGAGGCUGCCCUCCCCCUGACCUCGACUCACACACACACACACUCACGGGUUUCAAGCCAAGAUUCAGUCGAACACUUAGCAAAUAGGAUUUUGAGCAAAAAUCAAAUACUGUAAAUGUUCUUCAAUCGAGCAUACUGCACUUAAACAUUCAUUCCUGUAAUUAUUUGUUAAUGAGCAUAUGAUGGUGUGGUGGUGCUGAGAUAUGAUUAAUUGUUUGAUUUUGUGGUUCUCAGCAAAACUUGAACGAAAUACAGCAACUCAGAAUAAAUGAGUUCAGUUUAGGAAGAACACCUUAAUUGGUGGUGUAUAUUGUAGUCUCUGCAUAAUUGGUAUUUCACACAAGUUAGAAUUGAGAGGAAGAAAAUAUUUAAAGAGAUAAAAAUAUCUUCACUCCAUUACCUUCAGUGGCUGUGUGAAAAUGGGCUGCAGGGGUGAGAAAUGGUGAAGAUGGUGAAGGCGUGGGGUUGGUUUAAUAGAAGUAAAAUUCUAUUUCAGCAUGCGUAUGACUGAAAUAAAUUCUUCAG